AUGGCAAUGUGCGCGGCAGAGAAGGCGAGGCAGCAGAGCCAGUUCGGAUUCCGGAGUCCGCCGCCUCUCCUUUUCCCAGGCUCUUGCCCCGUCCCCAAGUACCUGGCAGCAGGGUGUCUUAUGCAAGCACUUGUGCAGACUGUCACUAUACAAAUUCACCCAGAAUCAAAGAAUCUUCGAUGCUCUCACAAAACCCUGGACAUUUUAAACCAUCCACUUUCCCCCACUGAUGUCUUUUUCUGGUCACAAGCAACUAGAUUGGAGAAGUCUGCCAGUUUCGCCAGACAGCUAAAACUUUGUCUUCCUGAAGGCAGAGGGAUCAUUCUCUUGAGAGAAACAGAAUAUCCUUGUAUAAUAAAAAGGCCACACUUGUUCCACUACUCAGACGUGGGAGAGCCCCAGAAAAAGGUGUGGCUACUCAGUACUGAGGGCUUUCCUGUACAAAUCACAUGGAUGGAAAGGAUCCUUUCACACAUAAUGACAGACAAAAGUCUCAGAAGAGGACCGCAUAGCUGCCUUGCAGAUGUCAUCGAGGGACACGUCUCUCGAAGGCGGCCGAAGAGGGUUGAGACCUGGUGGAAUGUGCCCAAAGAAGCAAAGGACUCCACGCACCCACUUGAGUGUAACAGAGUUUAAUUGUGCUCAUGAUCCAAUGGGACAGAGUCUGAGAAGAGGCCCUUUUGCCCUUGUAGGGCACGGUGCGGCAAAUGAACAGGUUCAGGUCCUUAAGAAUGGACUGAGAUCUGUGUAAAUAAUAUAAUAAAGCUCUAUGAA